AUGGGUAUUUUGCAUUACUUCGAGUUCAUCGUCGGCCGAUUGUUAUACGCCUGUCGCGGCCAUGAUGUGCACCAAAUCAAACGUUCGCCGGCUUUCAAAGAAUUUCCCGAACCGAACAUGAUCCUUGAAUCCCCCGAAUGCGGUCCAUCAGGAUCGAAACUGCCUCUUCACUGUUCUUGCCUGGCUGACGACAGCAGAGGAUAUCCUCCUGAACUGCGAUGGACUCCCCCAAAUUGUCGUGAGCAGGUCCAGGAGUAUGUCCUGAUAUGUGAGGAUCUCGACCCACCGAUCCCAUUAUUCGUCUUUCAUCACGGGCUCCUAUGGGCGAUUCCAGCUUCAACCCUCUCUGUCAGCUGUGAAGACGUCAAACCAGAUAAACGCGCCAAAAUCUCCCGCCAGACAACCGCUGGUUGGCGAUUUGUUCCAAACAUGUUGGGAACACCCUACGCCGGUGCAGGCGCACCUUUGGGCCAUGGCUCGCACCGCUAUGUCUUCACGAUCGUCGCUCUCAAUGCGUCACUGAAGUUCAAGUCUCCCGAAGGAACUACCAAAAAUAACAUCAAGCGGGCUAUGGAGGGCAAGGUAAUUGGCUGGGGACAAUGGACCGGAGUCUUUGCAAAGCCGUGGCCCAGUUAA